GCGCUAUUCAGUAAUUCUUUUAAAUUUAUUAUAAUUCUGAUAAAAAAAUCUUCAAGAAAUCGAGUCUAUUCGAUUCUUAUUAAGACAGCACGUUAGCGCAUCUCUAACAUCUCAGUCAAAAAUCGUUGCUGUAUAUAGUCAAGAAAAUAAACGACCCCUUUUUAUAAAAUACUGCACACUAUGAGUGACGUGGAUAAGUGGAUAGAGAUCGCCAAGAGGUGUAAAUAUUUACCCGAAGAUGACUUACGGGAGCUUUGCAAUAUUGUGUGUGACUUGUUGUUGGAGGAGCCAAAUGUACAGCCGGUGCAGACACCUGUAACCGUCUGCGGGGACAUACAUGGCCAGUUUUAUGACCUGGAGGAGUUAUUCCACAUAGGGGGUCAAUUACCACAUACAAAGUAUAUAUUUAUGGGAGAUUAUGUUGACCGUGGCUAUUACAGCUUGGAAACACUCACGCUACUUAUGGCUUUCAAAGCGAGGUACCCAGACAGAAUUAUUCUACUUAGGGGGAACCAUGAAACAUGUCAAAUAACAAAAGUAUAUGGAUUCUAUGAUGAGUGCCUCAAUAAAUAUGGGAAUGCGAAUGCAUGGAAGGACUGUUGUCGAGUAUUUGAUUUACUCACUGUUGCAGCUUUAAUAGAUGAGACAGUGUUAUGCGUCCAUGGUGGACUGUCCCCGGAUAUAUCUAUGUUAGAUCAAAUCCGAUGUAUUGAUAGAAAUCAACAAAUACCACACAAAGGAGCAUUCUGUGAUCUCCUAUGGUCAGAUCCAGCUGAUGUCAAGAUGUGGUCCGUAAGCCCUAGAGGUGCAGGGUGGCUGUUUGGUAGUUAUGUCACAGAGCUGUUUAUGAAUUACAAUAAUUUGAAUCUAAUCUGUCGAGCUCAUCAACUUGUAAAUGAUGGUUACAAAUAUAUGUUCGACAAACGUCUAGUGACGGUGUGGUCGGCCCCUAACUAUUGUUACCGCUGCGGCAACGUGGCGUCUAUACUAGAAUUCAACACAGUAAACGAUAGAACCGCGAAGUUGUUCCAAGCCGUGCCCGAUGGCGAGAGAGAAGUGCCCCCACAACACACAACGCCUUAUUUCCUGUAAAUUGUCAAAACAUAAGUAAGAAGUAUUCCCCCAAGUGUAAUAAAAUAAUGUUUUAUAUAAUAAAUUGUUGCAUACAA